CGGAUUUGAAAAACCAACUUGACUCUAUCUCUUGAAGUAGUCGAAUGGGGUUGGAGCCACAUAGGUAUUUUGAGACAAACGCAAAACAAGUUUUUGAUAUAUUUCAGGGCUUCUAGCAAAGCUCUCAUAACUUUUGAUGAAAACAUCAUACGGAACUGGGAGACGUAUCAUUUUGAUCAAAAAUGUCUGCUCUACAUUAUAAAGAAGUAAAAUUGUCGAGCAGUCCGUUUUUCAAGGCUUUUAAAAGACUUUUUACAGAAAUCUUCAUAUUCCUGCGGUGACGACUAAAUAACUAUGAAUUCUGGUAGUAGAGACCAUGGGCUAACUGACCAUGUGUUUAGCUCAUUAUCGACUUUUUAUAAAAAAUGUUGUGUUUUCGCGAGAGGAGGUCGAUGAGCUUUAAACCAAAAUCUCAUCGCAGCUAUCAAAAAAACGUUAACGUCAUGACAAUAUUCUUUAUUUUAACUUACUAUGGUUGUCCGAUUUUCUCGAAAAUCCGUGUCCGUUAUACGGUAAAAAAAAGCUUGGAAUAAAUCAUGAACUUGCAUGCCGUAGAAGAGAAACCAUAAAUCAAACACUGUAAAAUCGAGAAGUAUAGAAAACUGAGCGUGAAAUAAAAAAUGUGAAAAAAAAGUCGUAAACAAAACGAAAUGAAAACUGUUGAAAAAAAAGCGCGAGAGAAAAUCACGAAAUGAAAAUCGUCAAAAACUAACGACUAUCUUUCACCGAAGAAUGCAACAGAACUUCGCGGAAUAGUUGCACAUGUUCUCAGAUAUGGAUGGUUGAUCUUUCGUGUUGUAUGGUUAGAAACUGAUGUUCUAUGUAUAGGUAUUAAUGAGGAUCAACCCUACACAAAAUUAGAUCGUGUAUUUUCAAAUGUAACCGAUUUAGAUAUUCAUGGUUGGAUCAAAAGUUUAGAUCUAUUAACAAUUAUUGGUGAUAUUCAACGUUUUAUUGUUCUAAAUAGAAUCAGUUGUCUAACAUUAAAUGAAACAUGCAUCGAUCUAUUAGAUGAAUUACUCAUGAUGACACCUAAACUUAUCUGUUUAAAAUUACUUGAUAUUAAAGCGUUGCCACACAUAAGUCAACAACUGAUUAAUAUCAAUGAAUUAAAAUUAAUAUUUUGGAAAUUAUCACAAUGGACAGAUAACUGUCAAGUUAUUUUUGACUUUUUACAAAACCUUCCAUCCAUAGAAAAAUUUCAAACAAAUCUAGAUCAAUCAGAAGAUGCUUUUUGUAUAAAUGUACAAAAAAUUAUAAAUCGAUUGAUAAAUGUGAAUGAAUUAAUAAUUCGUUGUGAAAAAUAUCAAACACGAAUACAUACAAAUAUUUUGGAAAAUAAACUUAUUGAAAAUCAAAAAGAACUUGAAAAUUGUCUUAUUUCAUCAUAUCCUAAAAUAAAUAAAUUUAAGUUUAUAAACGAUAAACUUUAUAUUCAAAUUCAAAAUUAA